AUGAUUUAUUUUGGUUCUUAGUUUAUAAAUCCUGCUACAUAAUCGAUCGACUAUAAUGAUUAUCAUGUGUAUGAUAAUCUUAAUGCUCUACUUCUGCAAGAUUUAAAAUAGAUAAAUUACACUAAACUAAUUGUAGGAGAUGAUUUCACAGUAUUUUAUGGAGAAACAAUGAUAACUGUGGUAGUAAAUGAAAAUAGAGUUAUACAACUUAACAAAUGCUUAGGCUCAUAAUUACUUUUAGGUGUUACUCCAAAUGCUAUUUUUGAAGGUUCCAUAUUAAAAACGUUAACAUCUAAUGGAAUAGUAUUUAUAGAUAUAACAAAUGGAUAAAUAAAAAGGCAUACAAGCUGCUUCUAGACAAAUGAUAUACCAAACGAAUAAGUAAAAGGUCUUUACUUUGAUGAUGAAUUACUUAGAAUUUACAUGAUUGAGAAUUAAGGGAAAUUAGGGUACUUUAGCUUUCCAAAGGGUGAAUAUCUGACUUAGUACUAUAAUCUAUCAACUUAAAUAAGGAGAUUAAAUAUAUAUUUGGCCAUUUUAGACUCCUUAAAAUUAUUUAGUAAUAACAACCUAUCUUGA